UUCACCCUUCCAUCCCCGCAGCCCAUGUCCCUCUUCCACAAGGCAUCCCUCUCACGGCUCACUUUCUCUUCCAUCCACAUCUUUAUUUAUCCUCCUGCAAGCUGCUAAAGUCCAUUGCGCAGCAGAACUGUCCCUCUAUUUCUUCCUUCCCCUGCAUCAUUGAUCUGCCUGCAACCUGCUAAACUUCAUUAACCAACAAAUCUCUCCUUCCAUUCUUUCCUCUGCCUUUAUCAAUUUCAGCUGACAUACAUGGCUUUAGAAGCCGUGGUCUUUCAUGACCUCUUAAGCUGCAAUGUGAAGGACAUGUACAGUCCCUGGGACAUAGCUGGAUUGGUAGACGAAGACAAAACGCUGCCUUUCUACGAUGAAUGGAAAGCUUCUUGCUCUUCAUUAACAGGACAGGGUUUCCAAGAGCCGCCGGAUCUUGGAGGAGCCACAGCAAUAUCGGCAACAGCACAGAAAGAAGACAAAGCACCAGCAACGUGUUCAGAAUCCAACGGAAGAAAGAAGAGGCGUCGGACCAAGGGUUUGACAAACAAGGAAGAGGCCGAGAACCAGAGGAUGACCCACAUUGCCGUUGAACGCAACCGGCGCAAGCAAAUGAACGAGUACCUCGCCGUUCUUCGCUCACUCAUGCCUGCUUCUUACGCCCAAAGGGGAGAUCAAGCAUCCAUUGUUGGCGGCGCCAUAAACUAUGUGAAAGAGCUUCAGCAGAUUGUUCAAUUUCUCGAAGUUCGCAAACAGCUCAAGCACCGGGGAGACAACAGAGUUCAAGAUCUGAAGCCGCUUGCGAGUUUCUUCAGCUUUCCCCAGUAUUCAUUGACCCACACCGCCGCCACUGCGGCCGGUGGCGUUGAUACAGUUCCGGCGAACCCGUCGGCGGUGGCCGAUAUAGAGGUAACGAUUGUGGAGAGCCAUGCUAGCCUGAAGAUACUUUGUAGACGACGGCCGAAGCAGCUUCUGAAGUUGGUGGUUGGGUUACAGAGUCUUCGGCUCUCCACUCUGCACCUUAAUGCUACCACCUUUGGGGCCAUGGUUCUCUUUACAUUUAGCCUCAAGGUGGAAGAAGACUGUCAGCUUGCAACGGUGGAUGAGAUUGCCACCGCAGUUCAUCAAUUAGUGGUGAGGAUUCAUGAGGAAGAAGGGUUCUAUACUUCCAGCUGAGAUGAGCCAAACCCCCUGCAGUCAGUCAUGGCUGCUUUGCUGCAAAUAAUAGUUGUGUGGAAAGUGAGUGUUCAGAGUUAGAAAAAAGGUUGGAUCUGGAAAGCCAGAAUAACUUUCUCAUGUCAUUUCUGUGUUUAGAAUAAAGAAGGAAGUCAUGAGGCGAAUGAUGAGAAGGCAUCUGAGGGAACAGAUGGGUUUUUUCUUUUAAAAAUGGGGUUCUGUAAAGGUAAGGGAUGUUGACAUUUCCAUGAGAGUGAAGAAAAAUUGAAGGGAAGAUUUAUGAGGUUGUCAGUUAAAAGGGUGGAGGUGAUCUGGUUCAUGCUAAUUCUCCACUUGUGUCUAGCUUCGU